AUGUUUGGCAGUCUUGACGAGGCUACCGCCAGAGGAUCUGAGGAGAUAACGAGCCUUCAGAAAUUCUUGAGCUACCGCACAAUCGCGAACAACUUUCAGGAGAUGGCGAAGGCUAAGAUUCUGCGACGGUAUCAGUUGAAGCUUCCAGAACUUGCGCCACCUGAGGGUCUUCGGGCCGCAUUGGCCAUUGCCCGGAACGUGGAGCGGCGAAAUGGAUCAUUGCAAAUGAAGCAGCCUUUCAAAGAGGUACCGUGCUUUGGCGAGGAGGCAACAAUGGUUGAGCAGGAGAAGCGGGAGGAUUGGAUUGCAGCUGCACGUAAGGAGCUCGAGAACAUGACAGUGCAUCAAAAGGUGUGGAUUGAGGUGCGAAAGGGACGCAUCCAUGAGGACUUGGUGACGUGGGCAUUGACAGAGGCGUGA